GCUCACAGCUGAUUGACGCACUUUCUAGCACUGAAUACAACUCGUACGUAGAUUCGCACGCUCGUUGGAGUAUUUUCAGUAGUGUUUCUUUCUUUCGCGGUCCACCCGUGACACAGUGAUCUGAACCGUGCGUUCCUGAAUGUUUUCUCCCCGCCACAGGAGCGGACAGUGUGAAUGGGACUCUUAGCAAUGCCUAGGCUACGCGAUUCACCGUCCGACUGAAAGGCCAAUCGACCACAAGCGAAAACGCCAUGGCGUCAAUGCAGAAGAGGCUUCAGAAGGAGCUGCUCUCCAUGCAGAAAGAGCCGCCGCCGGGCGUGAACGUAGACAUUGACAACGUUGGAUCCAACCUAACGCAGUGGAUCGUGGACAUGGAAGGUGCCAAAGGCACGCUCUACGAAGGAGAGAAGUUUCAGCUGCUGUUCAAGUUUAGCUCCAAAUAUCCAUUCGACUCUCCAGAGGUGACCUUCCUGGGGCCCAACAUUCCGGUGCACCCUCACGUGUACAGCAAUGGCCACAUCUGCCUGUCCAUCCUGACAGACGACUGGUCGCCCGCCCUGUCCGUGCAGUCCGUCUGCCUCAGCAUCAUCUCCAUGCUGUCCAGCUGCAAGGAGAAGAAGCGACCACCUGACAACUCACUCUAUGUAAAGACAUGCAACAAAAACCCCAAGAAGACCAAGUGGUGGUACCAUGACGACUCGGUCUGAUGUCAGGGUGCACCUCCUAUCUCACCUCUGCCACUUCCUCUAGUCACGCUGCCCUGAUUGCUUGGUCGGUGCUGCCAUCUGCCAGUGGAAUAAAUUGACUCAUCCGGUAUGUCCCUUCCCAGUGCAGCAGAAGUGAGUAGUGUCGGGCACAAAAAAAAAAAAAAAGCCUAACACCUCUCUGCCUGCAAGUGGUGACAACAGGCGGCGGCAGCAGCGGCACGGCUUCGAGAAUGGGCACUUCGACGUGCAGCCUCGUUUUUGGGCAGGCCCCGGGGGCUCUCGGCUGGGCCAUACCAACUACUACCGCACUGGACGAAUAAAACUGUAGUUUCAUUUUUUUUAAUUAUGUUCCCUCCAAGCGUAGAACCGUUUGCUAGUGACUUGUUGAGACCAAGGACGACUUCAAUUGUUGGAUGGACCCCGCUAGCCAACGUGACUGCCAUCGGUGAAUGAACGAAGCCUGUGCAGAUAAGGAAAAAAAAAGUGUUUUAAAUAUAAAAUAAAGCCCGUUGCAGGAAGUUAUAACAGUGCCGCCAGUUGAGAGGACAAGUGUGUUUUUCUUCCCCUUUUAAACGUUGUUGUGCGAUGUAUGGCGUCUAGGAAUAAAGACCAUGCCAAUUUUA